GAGCGAUCGGGACGUGAUGGCGGACAUUCCAACGACAUGCUUGCAAGUCAUAUGCUUCUCGAUGGACCGUCCGUGGCAAGUGUCCGAGUACUUGAGAACAAUGCACAAGUUCCUCGGUGUGGAGUUGUCUCUCGUGUGGGUGUUGUUUAAAGCUUCGAAUGCCGCAUUUCGAGCAGGAUACGCCCACGUGAUGUCCUUGUUUCCGAUGGUACAUUGGACUGAGGAAGACGCGUCCUUGCACUCGGAUGCGUUCAAGCAAGGUCUUCUGUCCGUCCUUGAUGCGUCCACAAGCGAGUAUGUCUUGUUUGGCGUCGACGACGCCUUUUUCUUUGACUUCUUCCCGGUCAUGGACAUUCUAACUCGCCCGACUCGGCAUGCCUGGAAUGUCCUGCAUCUUACCCUCAAUCCCAACAUUUGGUACUCGGAAACGCAACAAAUGCCAUUGCUGCCGCUUCCGGCCAUGCGAUGGCACGGCACGGAGAUCCUGACGUUUGAGCCAGGACGCGGCGAAUGGAAUUACCCGUGGGAAGUCAGCGGCUCGAUCUAUCGUCGUGAUCGUGUCCAAGCCGUUCUCACCACUAUCGAGCGCAUCCACGGGACUCACGGUCUGAGCCAGCCGAAUCGACUUGAAGCCAAUGGACAUCGUGUUCAUUCGGAAUUUGAUUGGAACGAAGCAUGCGUGUCGAAGCCUAUUAUGCACGUCUUGGCCAUCAAUCAAGUGCAAACGGUGUACGACAACCCGCUCUUGGGCGAGGAAGUCGUCGAGACGGAGUUUCUUUUGUCUUUUUUGACGGCACCGCCGCGACGCCUCGAUACGGCGCGGUACAAGACUCAAGUGUUUCGAAGCGUCCACGUCGGCACUCUCUUUGUGGAGAACCAGGAGCCGAGCCAUGGUGCCCCAUAUGAAUCCAAGAACGCUCUUCCGCUCAUUUCGAUCGUCCUACCAGCGUACAACGAAUCUCGUUUCAUCCAUCAAGCACUGGACAGCCUCGCACGACAGACAUACUCGCGCUUCGAAGUUCUGGUGCUGGACGACUGCAGCACCGACUCGACUGUUGCUAUUGUAGAAGCAUUUGUCAAGCUCGAUCGUCGAUUUCGCCUUGUCAAGAAUCCGAUGAACAUGGGGGUCGCAAAAACCCUGAAUCGAGGGAUCGAGUUGGCUACCGGCGACUUCAUCGCUCGCAUGGACGGCGACGACAUUGCGCUUCCUGACCGACUGAACAUGCAACUUGCAUUCCUUCAAACGCACCCCGACGUUGACAUUGUCGGGUCAGCGAUUGCCCUAAUUGGUCCCGACUACACACUUGCUUACGAGAACGGCAGCACGGCGGACGCCUCCCCGAGCGACCCGCUCAAAGUUGUGGUAUAUCCCACGACGGUCGCCCGAACGCGGUGGAGUCUGUUUAUGGGGUGCAUGUUGGCCCACCCGACUGUGUUUUUCCGCCGAUGUGUGGUCGAUCGGUUUCGAUACGCGGAAUCGCUUGGAUCGGGCGAAGAUUACGAUCUGUGGCUUCGCCUGGCCGUACCUCCGAGCGAUCCACCCGCCAACCCCGUGGUCAAAAUGAUGAGUCUUGGCACGCCGCUACUGCUGCAUCGCAAGCACGGCAGGAAUGCCUCCACUCGAAAACGCGACCAGCAACGGCAGGAAGCGCAUGAUGCUGCCCACGCGGCAAUUGAACGGCUUCUCCAGCGACCGAUCGAGUCGAACGUCGUCAAGCUCGUUCGAUCACACGCUUUGGAUCAGAACAACAAUGAAGUCGAUGCGUUGGCUCUUCAGUAUGCUGUACCAGCCAUUCAACUCCUGCACGACAUUGCCAUGCGUUGCACGGCCAACGAAUCUUGCGACGCUAUGGAAAAAUCCGCCAUCGACAGCGACGUCCGGGCAAGACACGGAGAGCUUGCGUUCCGAGCCAUGAUGAUCGCGCCCAGAACGGGCGUUGGUCUGUGGCAGGACUGGGUCACCAAAUGCCCUGCGGAGGGCAGACACAUCUUCAAAAAACUCACGCGAGCGCCACCCACCACAACCUACGUAGGUCCCUGAUCGCUCCAUCUCCUCCUGUGCACUGAUUGAAAUGCGAAUGCUCUGAAAGCGAAUUGGGAUGGCGCAGAUGGCCGUCGCCAAAUGAUUCAGUGCUCGCCAUCUCGCCAGUGCCUUGCCAAAGCAAACGGCGCAGUAAAACGAAUAUAACCAAGAAUUUUGAAAUGUUGUCCGCAACCGAA